AUGAUUUCAUCAGCACUAGAAGAACUGCAACAAGCAUUUGUUUCCUUCACUAAACAAACAAUGAACAGCUAUUACGCCGAGUCUAGUGAACAAAAAUCAGAAAAAAAAAUAGAUAUGAAACCUAUCAAUGAACCGAACACCAUUGUACGAAUAGAAAAUAAACGGAAUAAAACUACAUCUCAAUCUGUUAUCACUGGCUCCCUCAAAUUACUAAUUAAUUGCUUAAAAAUUAUUGCUCCGAUCUUUCUUGGAAUUUCCAUUUUAUUGUUUUCAUAUUCGUUAUAUAAAUUCUGCGCAUCUAUCAACAUUAAAGAAAAUUUGAAGUAUAUUAUCUUCACACCUAUUGCUUGUAUCUUCUUGUUGAUGUGCCGAAGAGUAUUUGUAUCCAAUGGAAUAGAUAUGACUGAGUUUAGAGAAGAUAUUAAUGUAAAAUAA